AUGAGCGCCUUGCGCAUUCUAGUUCCCGUCAAGCGGGUGAUCGACUAUGCGAUCAAACCCCGCAUCAACAAGGCCCAAACGGGCGUCGAAACCACCGGCGUCAAGCACUCAAUGAACCCAUUCGAUGAACUCUCCGUCGAAGAAGCCGUCCGCCUUCGCCAACGCGGCGAAGACAAGAGCAGCCCCAUGAAGGUCGAGAACAUCCUCGCCCUCUCCGCUGGCGGGCCCAAGACCCCAGACGUUCUCCGCACCGCCAUGGCCAUGGGCGCCGACCGUGCUUUCCACAUCGACGUCCCCGAAGCCGACGGCGGUCCCGAGCCACUGACCAUCGCCAAGAUGCUGCGCGGCGUCGUGGAGAAGGAGAACAUCAACCUGGUCAUUCUGGGUAAGCAGGCUAUUGACGGCGACCAGGGCCAGACCGGUCAAAUGUUGGCCGGUCUGCUGGGCUGGCCGCAGGCGACGCAGGCUAGCAAGGUUGAGGUCAAAGAUGCGGCUGGUACGGUCGAAGUCACACACGAGGUGGACGGUGGUGUUGAGACUCUCCGCGCGAAGUUGCCUAUGAUCAUCACUACUGAUCUGCGACUGAAUGAGCCCCGGUACGCUAGUCUGCCGAAUAUCAUGAAGGCGAAGAAGAAGCCGCUUGAGAAGAAGACCCUCGCCGACUUUGGCGUCGAGGAUACGCGGCGGUUGAAGACUCUUAAGGUGACUGAGCCUCCCCCACGCAAGGGUGGUGGCAAGGUCGAGAAUGUCGAUGGCCUUGUUUCCAAGCUAAAGGAGCUUGGUGCUCUCUAG